GUUGCCAGAAAGGGACAAGGGCCUGCAGCGUCCACAGUCGGCCCUCAGUUCCCGCCGGUUCAGCCCCGAGACGACGGCGCCAUGACCGACCAGGAAGAAUCCAAGCAGAUGAACGGCAGUGCUGGCCCCUCUGCCCACCUUCUGGAGCCGCCCAAAGAGAGCAUGCAGCUUAAGAAGGAGAUCUCGCUGCUCAACGGAGUCAGCCUGAUCGUAGGGAACAUGAUCGGCUCCGGCAUCUUCGUCUCCCCCAAGGGCGUGCUGAUCUACAGCGCCUCUUACGGCCUGUCGCUGGUCAUCUGGGUCAUCGGGGGCCUGUUCUCCGUGGUGGGGGCCCUCUGCUACGCCGAGCUGGGCACCACCAUCAGCAAAUCGGGGGCGUCUUACGCGUACAUCCUGGAGUCCUUCGGUGGCUUCAUUGCGUUCAUUCGUCUGUGGACGUCGCUGCUGAUUAUUGAGCCCACCAGCCAGGCGGUCAUUGCCAUCACAUUCGCAAACUACCUGGUGCAGCCGCUCUUUCCGACAUGUGAACCACCGUAUGUAGCAUCCAGGCUCAUCGCUGCAGCGUGUUUAUGCUUACUGACAUUCAUCAACUCUGCCUACGUGAAGUGGGGCACCCGCGUGCAGGACAUUUUCACCUACGCCAAGGUGGCGGCCCUCAUCGUCAUCAUCAUCACUGGCAUCGUCAAGCUGUGCCAGGGUUACACAGCCAACUUUGAAUCAGCCUUUCAGGGAUCGUCUACGGAUCCCGGUGACAUUGCGCUGGCGCUCUACUCCGCCCUCUUCUCCUAUUCCGGCUGGGACACCCUCAACUUUGUUACAGAGGAGAUCAAAAACCCUGAAAGGAACCUGCCUCUGGCCAUCGCCAUCUCUAUGCCGAUUGUCACCAUCAUCUACAUCCUCACCAAUGUGGCCUACUACGCUGUUCUGGAUGUCAGUGCUAUACUGGCCAGUGACGCAGUGGCAGUGACAUUUGCAGAUCACACACUUGGUGUGAUGGGCUGGACCAUCCCCAUUGCUGUAGCUCUGUCCUGCUAUGGAGGCCUCAACGCCUCCAUUAUAGCUGCAUCCAGGUUGUUCUUUGUGGGGUCUCGUGAGGGACACCUUCCAGACGCUCUGUCCAUGAUCCACAUACAGAGAUUCACUCCAAUCCCUGCUCUCAUCUUCAAUUGUGUCAUGUCCCUCAUCUACCUGACAGUGGAGGACGUCUUCCAACUCAUCAACUACUACAGCUUUAGCUACUGGUUCUUCAUGGGUCUGUCAAUCGCCGGGCAGAUCUACCUCCGCUGGAAAGAGCCCGACAGACCCAGACCUCUCAAGUUGACCUUAGUGUACCCGGUGGUGUUCUGUCUGUGUACGGUUUUCCUGGUGGCGGUUCCUCUCUACAGCGACACCGUCAACUCUUUGAUCGGCAUCGGCAUUGCCCUGUCAGGGGUUCCCGUCUACUUCCUGGGUGUCCAUCUACCACAGUCCAAACGACCGCCUAUCAUCACCAAGCUGCUGCGUUCUCUGACUCACUGCACCCAGUACACCUGCUACUGCGUACUGACAGAGCUGGACAAAAGUGAAUAGCGUCCUAUAGGCCUCAAAGCAGUCUCUGCGUCCUCACAGCUGACAGUCACCAGGGGACCCUUCUGUGGGGGGGGGGGAAGGAUUUAUGACUCUGUUACCAACACAAACACUCAAUCUGUUCCGCUACUCUGCGGCUCUCGCUCUCAGUAGCAUCUCCCUCCCAGGUCCAGCACACUACUGCAAGAUAAAAGUAGAGUGAUUAGGCACCGAUCAGCAGCUGAGGGAAUCAACUCACCCGGUGCUGCUCUCACAAGCCUUCCCCACGCCUCUCUCUCCUGCAGCUGAGUGCAAACCACAGCCACCUCCACAGACUCUUUUCUUAGACUGUACAGCAUUUUGAAGCACUCAGACUGACGUGUUUUACGCCACUGAAAAUGCUGCCACACAUGUUCACUCGCACAUCCUGAAGUUCGAGGACGAUCGAGGACUUCAGCCCGUAAGGAUAGACAGCACUACUGUAAUGCCUGUUGUGGUAAUGGUUUCAUUUCUUCAUCACACAGUUUAGUGACCUUUGGCCUGGUUAGUUCUACAGGUAACUGUAUGGAUGCCUACAGAAUGUGCCUGUGAGAUUUUAUAAAUGAAAAGAAUAUAGGGAAGGGAAGGAUUUGUUUGUUUUUUUGUCUGCUGCUACGUGAAGAGGUGGAGUCAUUGUUCUAAUGGCAUUGCCUUUAUGUUCUUGUGGUGCCACUGACUUACAUUUUAACUUUCAUUGCUAUGUUGAAAUAGAACAUUGGUUUUUUUUUUUUUUUCAUUUGGUGUAUGAAAUGACUUUUGUGAAUGUUUGGCUGAGUGGUGAAGAAGGGAGCUGUAGCAUUCCCGUUCUUUAUGUUGCCUUUAAAAACUUCAGUUUAUUCGCAGUCAGUGUUCCCCGUGCUAUAUCCAAGACAGAUGUUAAGACUUUAGGUAUCCAUUGUAAUGCGCCAUCUUUAUGUCCAGUUGUUUAACAUUUGCACACAUGGUCUCAAGUAAACUAUGCCUCAGACAGACUAUAUGUCAGAAUCACUGUGAGGAGUGGCUUAAAUUAGAAAAGUCCACUUAAUCCAGAGGUUAUUCAUGGAGCCAUUAUUCUCCCGUAGCAGGAAGAUGUCAGCUGUGAGCCUGAGAUGCUAAGAGUGCAUGAAAGCAGUUUUCAACACUGAUAUAAUAACAUGCAGUUAUUUCCAAUAGUACUGUCUAAAUCCAUGAAUCCUGUACGUUUUGAAAUAGAUAGUUUGAUGUAGAAACAGUAAAUGCAAUGUAUUGUUUGUCUGAUAUGGUGCACAGGACUGAAGAUCUUAUUCACUUUAACCUGGGCACCUCUUGGUUUCACUGAGGGCUUCACCUCGUGCCAUUAAUUAGAUCAUACUUUGGCACUGGUCCACUGCUGGUCCAGUGGUGCAUCACACACACGCACACGGCCAUGAGGUGCAUUCUUAACUAAAAUGUAUUUAACCUUUUUUUUUUUAAAUCAUGUAUAAUGAGGAAUCUGAUGUGCAGUAAUGCAGCCACAAUUCCAAAUCAUCGUGGUUUGUUGAAUGAA